UUGCUGGCCAUGCAUUCCUUCUCGUCAGAGGGCCAGCUCUCGCUGAAGUCGGGGUGACCCGUGUCCUUUUCCGGAGAGCAGGGUAGAGAAAAAGCAGGAGCGGCAGCUAGUGUGGCAGGAAAUUUGUUGGAAGAUGGAGACACCAAGAUAGAGGGUGGGUGACUUCCCCAGGAAAAGUUCUGGAGGAGCAUUCAAAGACCGAUCCACGUUUCCUCGAUGUGUAGAAAUCGACACGACUUUAGCCUCACUGACCGUUGUACAGCAUCCCCUGUGAAUAUUUGUCUUUAGGUUUUUCUCCUUGAGAGGGAGGAAACUUAGCCAGUAAAAGACACUUGAAAUCCAGGAACUUUGGGUUCGCACUGCAGUUACAUUACUUCGAAUUGAUAAACUGCGAAUAUAAUCGGAACUCCUGUUUGCACAAGUCAACCUAAAAUCUUCACUUCCUUUUUUUGUGGAAGAUGUCUUGUGAUUGACCUCAGUUACUGACUGGUGGAGAUGCGGUGAAUGUGAAAUCCCAGGUAAAGACCGUUUCCUUCUCAGCUCACUGAUCAUUCUGAAAGAUCUUGAACCCUCUUCUGGAAAGGGGUGCCUAUCCUUGCUUUAUGGGGCAGCAGCCUGGAAAAGUUCUUGGGGACCAAAGGAGGCCAAGUCUGCCUGCCCUGCACUUUAUCAAAGGAGCAGGCAAGAAGGAAUCAUCGAGGCACGGCGGUCCACACUGCAAUGUUUUUGUGGAACAUGAAGCCCUUCAGAGGCCAGUAGCAUCUGACUUCGAGCCCCAAGGUCUGAGCGAAGCAGCUCGUUGGAACUCUAAGGAAAACCUUCUCGCCGGUCCCAGUGAAAAUGACCCCAACCUUUUUGUUGCACUGUAUGACUUUGUGGCCAGUGGGGAUAACACUUUAAGCAUAACUAAAGGUGAAAAGCUCCGGGUCUUAGGCUACAAUCACAAUGGGGAGUGGUGUGAAGCCCAGACCAAAAAUGGCCAAGGCUGGGUCCCAAGCAACUACAUCACGCCAGUCAACAGCCUGGAGAAGCACUCCUGGUACCACGGGCCUGUGUCCCGCAACGCUGCCGAGUACCUUCUGAGCAGCGGAAUCAACGGCAGCUUCUUGGUUCGGGAGAGCGAGAGUAGUCCUGGGCAGAGGUCCAUCUCACUGAGAUACGAAGGGAGGGUGUACCACUACCGCAUCAACACUGCUUCUGAUGGCAAGCUCUACGUCUCCUCAGAGAGCCGCUUCAACACGCUGGCCGAGCUGGUCCACCACCACUCCACUGUGGCCGACGGGCUCAUCACCACUCUCCACUACCCGGCCCCCAAGCGCAACAAGCCCACCGUCUAUGGCGUGUCCCCCAACUACGACAAGUGGGAGAUGGAGCGCACGGACAUCACCAUGAAGCACAAGCUGGGGGGCGGCCAGUACGGGGAGGUGUACGAAGGUGUGUGGAAGAAAUACAGCCUGACGGUGGCCGUGAAGACCCUGAAGGAGGAUACCAUGGAGGUGGAGGAGUUCUUGAAAGAGGCUGCAGUAAUGAAAGAGAUCAAGCACCCCAAUUUAGUACAGUUGCUCGGGGUCUGCACCCGGGAGCCCCCGUUCUACAUAAUCACCGAGUUCAUGACCUAUGGGAACCUGCUGGACUACCUGAGGGACUGUAACCGGCAGGAGGUGAACGCCGUGGUGCUGCUGUACAUGGCCACUCAGAUCUCGUCCGCCAUGGAGUACCUGGAGAAGAAAAACUUCAUCCACAGAGAUCUUGCUGCCCGGAACUGCCUGGUCGGGGAAAACCACUUGGUGAAGGUGGCUGACUUUGGCCUGAGCAGGCUGAUGACAGGAGACACCUACACAGCCCACGCCGGGGCCAAGUUCCCCAUCAAGUGGACGGCGCCCGAGAGCCUGGCCUACAACAAGUUCUCCAUCAAGUCGGACAUCUGGGCAUUUGGAGUAUUGCUUUGGGAAAUUGCUACCUAUGGCAUGUCACCUUACCCAGGAAUUGACCUGUCCCAGGUGUAUGAGCUGCUGGAGAAAGACUACCGCAUGGAGCGCCCGGAAGGCUGCCCAGAGAAGGUCUACGAACUCAUGCGAGCAUGUUGGCAGUGGAAUCCCUCCGACCGGCCCUCCUUUGCUGAGAUCCACCAAGCCUUUGAAACGAUGUUCCAGGAGUCCAGCAUAUCAGACGAGGUGGAAAAGGAGUUGGGGAAGAAAGGCAUGCGAGGGGUUGCAGGUACCCUGCUGCAGGCCCCAGAACUGCCCACCAAGACGAGAACCUCCAGGAGAGCUGCUGAGCCCAAAGACACCCCCGACAUGCCCGAGACACCCCACUCCAAGGGCCCAGGAGAGACCGAUCCUCUGGACCACGAGCCCGCUGUAUCUCCACUGCUCCCUCGAAAAGAGCGGGGUCCUCCAGAUGGAGGCCUUAAUGAGGAUGAGCGCCUGCUUCCCAAGGACAAGAAGACCAACCUGUUCAGCGCCUUGAUCAAGAAGAAGAAGAAAACCGCCCCAACCCCUCCCAAACGCAGCAGCUCCUUCCGGGAGAUGGACGGCCCGCCUGAGCGGAAAGCGGCCAGCGAGGAGGAAGGCCGGGAAAUCAGCAACGGGGCGCUGGCGCCAGCACCCCCGGAUGCAGCGGAGUUAGCCAAGUCCCCGAAGCCCAGUGGUGGGUCUGGGGUCCCCAACGGGGCCUUCCGGGAGUCUGGGGGUGCGGGCUUCCGGUCGCCCCACCUGUGGAAGAAGUCCAGCACGCUGACCAGCAGCCGGCUGGCCGCCGGUGAAGAGGAGGGUGGCGGCGGUGCCAGCAAGCGCUUCCUGAGGUCCUGCUCGGCCUCCUGCGUGCCCCACGGCGCCAAGGACACAGAGUGGCGGUCGGUGACCCUGCCUCGGGACCUGCAGUCCACUGGCAGGCAGUUCGACUCGUCCACCUUCGGAGGCCACAAAAGCGAGAAGCCGGCCCUGCCUCGGAAGCGGGCAAGUGAGAACAGGUCUGACCAGGUGACCAGAGGCACGGUCACCCCACCGCCCCGGCUGGUGAAGAAGACUGAGGAGGCUGCCGAUGAGGUCUUCAAGGACGUGGCUGAGGCCAGCCCGGGCUCCAGCCCGCCCAGCCUAACGCCGAAACCCCUCCGGAGGCAGGGUGCGGCCGCGCCUCCCUCCAGCCCUCCCCACAAGGAGGAGGCCGGUAGGCCCAGUGCCACAGGGGUGCCCACCGAGCUGGCACCUUCCACCAGCCGGGCUGGGCCAGGAGCCUCUGGAGGGCCCAACAAGGCCGCCACCACAGAGGAGCCCCGGGGGAGGAGGCACAAGCCCACCUCUGAGUCCCCAGGGAGAGACAAGGGGAAACUAGCCAAGCUCAAACCUGCCCCGCCGCCCCCGCCACCCACCUCCGCUGGCAAAGCCGGGAAGUCCUCACAGAGCCCGAGCCAGGAAGCGGCCGGGGAGGCAGGCACCGGUGGGAAGGGGAAACCCGCGGCUCUGGCUGCGGAUACCGUGAACAGUGACACCACCAAGCCCGGCCAGCUGGGAGAGGGUGCCAAGAAACCCACGCUCCCGUCCAUGCCAAAGCCGCCAGCAUCCACCAAGCCGGCAGGGACCCCGACCAGCCCCGCCCCCGCCCCCUUACCAUCAGCACCCUCUGCCCUGGCAGGGGACCCGCCAUCCUCCACCGCCUUCAUCCCGCUCAUAUCAACCCGCGUGUCUCUUCGGAAAACCCGGCAGCCUCCUGAGCGGCUCGCCAGUGGCGCCAUCACCAAGGGCAUGGUGCUGGAUGGCACUGAGGCGUUGUGCCUGGCCAUCUCCAAGAACUCUGAGCAGAUGGCCAGCCACAGCGCCGUGCUCGAAGCCGGCAAAAACCUCUACACAUUCUGCGUGAGCUAUGUGGACUCCAUCCAGCAAAUGAGGAACAAAUUCGCCUUCCGCGAGGCCAUCAACAAACUGGAGAACAACCUCCGGGAGCUGCAGAUCUGCCCAGCGACAGCAGGGGGUGGCCCAGCGGCCACUCAGGACUUCAGCAAACUCCUCAGUUCCGUGAAGGAGAUCAGUGACAUCGUGCAGAGGUAGCAGGAGCCGGCAGCGCCCAAGGGCUCCCCGUGCGUGCCUGAGAUGGUGGGCGAUCGGCCAGCAGGACCCACGCAUGGGGAGCUUGGCCCAGAGCUCUGUGCCAGGCAGAGCGGAGGCUGCCGUGGAGCGCGGCGCCACUGCCUUUGUCCUGCCCGCCGUCCUCCUGCGCUCGCCUCCCCUCUCCGCCUGGCCCCCGGAGCCUCAUCCGAGUUCUGUCUGUGGAGUUCCCGCUCUGUGGACUGCAGUGGGCACGGCAGCCUCCUCCCCGCACGUGGGGCUUCAAAACUCAGCCCUCGGGGCCAGGCGGGAAGGUCGAUGAGUACUUCCUUUCCAUCUUCAUUCCUGGAGGACCUCCACUGGCUCUGCCUUCCCCCCCUUUGUUCUGAGGAAGGAGCACCCUGAAUGGGAGUUGAGUCAGCAGGGCUUGGGGACUGUCCCCUCCACUCACCCCAGGCAGCGAGUGUACACUUGGCUCACUCGGGCCACCUGCUGAGGACACGUGUCCAGAGCCACAUCCCGGGAAGUGCAGCCCAGGGGUCACCCUGCCCACCCCCCCCAGCACCAUCUCCUCAUGAAGGAUGGCUCCUGACUGGGGGCUGAGACAGGCCAGGGCGCUGCCACCAGCCAGCCUCUGGGUCCUGGGCCCGGGGGAAGCCGAGGAGUCUGCGAUGGGGGUAGCUUCCUCAUCAUCCUCUCCAGGUCCUCAGGGCCCCAUCACCCACUCUCCUGUGACGUGCACUGCUCAUCCUGGAAAGAAAGCUUGAGUCUGGAGGGUAGCAGGGUCACGGGGGAGCACACGGGGGCCCCAGAGGCUGGAGGGGGUGGCAAGCUUGGCGGUGCAGCUGGGCCCAGGAUGGCCCAGAGCAGGGCCUGGGCAGGUCAGCAGUGAGCGCAGUUACCUUCCUUCCGAAUUCCCAGGGGCCCUGACAAGGCGCUUGGUCUUCACUCCCAGUCGAUCUCUUUCCAUUCCAUCGUGCUCCUCUAAGGCAAAAUAGAUUCUUGCAGGGCUCCUUCCCUGGUGACAAGCCAGUCUUCAGCUUUCCAGAGUUCUUGAAGCAUUUCCAAACUGCCUUCAGCACAGCUGCCUCCCCACAGAGAAGGAGCCACCAUCGGGCGCCCAGCACUCCCGCAGGAGGGAAAGGAUUAGGGCACCGAAGCCCCGUCCAAUGUGGGCCGAGCCCCGAUGGGCACGUAGCUUAUUUAAUUACCGCAAGCAACACUUAAACCUAACAUUCCGGUGGGAGUCAUCAGGGAUGAAGAGAAUCAGAGGAAACCCCAGGAAGUGUCUCAGAGAGGAGUCCUCAGCGUCGUCUCCCCGGGCUGCCCAGGACUAGGUUGGGGGGGCAGGAACCCACGUGCCCUUGACCUUGACCUAGAGCAGCUACUGAAGAGUGGGCCGGCACCUGCCUGGGCCUUGCUCAGGAGAACCCCCGAUGAAACCAGGAGGAGACCGCCUCCUACCUGCUCCCCAGGCCGCCCCGUGCCCAUGACCUCACACGGGCCCCGUUUUUACACUAAUCACCUGAGUUUGUCUUUUAUUUCUCUGAUAGAGGUGGUUUCCUCUGGGUCGUUUUAUGCUGUUUUCACAGCACCUCACCUCUUUGCCCCCCGGGCUGCUGUGCCACGCAGACCGAGGGGGAGGGUGCCCAAACACCGCCAGUGGCCUUGCAGACGAAGCGGAGCAACGCCCACCAGGUCCCCUCCACUGCCCGUUUCUAUGAGGUACUUGUCUCUCCCCGUUCACACGAUGUGCCACUAUAUUUUGCAUUUAUACUUUGGUAUUACACUCUUUUGUAGACUCGCUCUUUUAUAAAUGACGUGUAAAUAGUUUUCCACUGUCCUCCCUUCUGGAAUGCCUAUGGUGUCUUUUUUUUUUUUUUGGUCCAGUAUAUUUUGUUUUCUGUAUAUGACUCUGUGUUUUUUUGAAUCCACAUCUCUCCUCUGUAGUAUUUUUUAAAUAAAUGUUUACAACACCAGA